AAAAAAGGGUAGACCCAUGAAUUCUUUAUGAUAUCUACCCAUUAUUCCACGCUUACAGAGGCUGUACAUGUCUCGUAAAAUCGCUGAGCAUAUGACAUGGCACCUUAAAUGUCGUGUUGACUCGGAGAUCCUCAUUCAUCCUACUCAGUCUACUGCUUGGAAGCACUUUGAUGCCGUUCAUCCUUCAUUUGCAUCCAAUCCGCAAAAUGUCCAUCUUGGUCUUGCAACAGAUGGGUUUAACACGUGGGGUCAUUCUUCGAGGUCAUAUUCCUGUUGGCCUGUUUUCAUUGUUGUUUACAAUCUUCCUCUUGAGAUGUGCAUGCGACCUGAGUUUACUUUCCUUACACUUGUUAUUUCUGGACCAAAAAGUCCAAGAAAAAACAUUGAUGUUUUCCUUCGUCCACUUAUUGAUGACCUGAAAUGGUCAUGGUCAUCGGGGGUAGAAACAUUUGACAGCUUUCGUAAAUAGAACUUCACAAUGAGAGCCAUGCUUAUGUAGACCAUAACGGAUUUCCCCCGUUAUGGUAUGGUUUCUAGAUGGAGCACACAUGUUCAUCUGUCUUGUCCAUAUUGCAUGGAAAUGACUCGUGCUUUUUACUUGCAAAAUGGUCGCAAGAUCUGCUUCUUUGACUGUCAUCGGCAGUUUCUUCCUGCA